AAGAUAAACUAUCUGCCUCUACCGCCUUCAAACUUCCCUGAAGGCCAGGAGAAAAAAGACUUGGGCCAGUUUGAGCAUAUCUCUGUGUGGUGGUGUAUUCCCUUUCGCGCAAGCACUUUGCUGCGAAAAACACAAACCAAGAAUCCAAAAAAGGUCUAUCAUUAGUUGGCGCGACCCUGCGUCUGUCUCCUUGUUCCACGUCUGCGGCGGUACCUGGUAUCCGUUGACGCUUUCAACAAUGGCCGACGACGCCGCUGAUGUUGCCGAGGACUAUCGGCAGGCCCUGGAGGACUUGACCGUAAACUCAAGGAUAGAGAUUGCGACUUUGACGAAUAUUGCGCGAGAGAACGCCCACCAUGGUUUGGCCAUUGCUGAGGUCUUGACAAACCACAUCAAAAAGGUCCCACCUCCUCGAACCCUACCGGCCCUCUACGUGCUCGACUCGGUGGUCAAGAAUGUCCCGACACCAUACGCCCUCUACUUUGGGCCCAAGCUCUACUCCAUCUUCAUGGGCGCCUACACCAAAGUCGACAACCCAACCAGGCGGAAGAUGGACGAGAUGCUGAAGACCUGGAAGGAGCCAGUACCGGGCUCGAUAUCCACGAAGCCCGUGUUCCCUCCCGAGGUGGUCAAACCGAUCGAGAACGCCCUGAUCGCGGCCAAGAAUGUUGCCCUUCAAGUCAACCAGAGCAGUUACCAAGGGCAGCAGUAUAUGCUCCGCGGAGCCCGUCCCCCAGCCCCUCCUCACAGAGAUACGCCAACUCCUCCAAACGUUCGACCAGCGACACAACAACCAGGACAGCAAUAUCCGCCUCCUAACGGACAUAUGCCGCCGCACGGAGGAAACGCGGCCUUUCCUAUGCGCCCUCAUAACGGUCCCGAUGUGCUUCCUCCUCGCGCCACCACCCAGCCUCCGUAUGGAGCCCCCUAUCACCAGCCCCAAGUUCCUUACCAGGGUAUAAGCAUAGAGAGGUUAAGAGACGAUAUCCAGCAGCUCAUCGUUGCAGAGAGGGCCGAGUUUGCGCGAGAUCCGCUGGACGUAGGUAAACAAACUAGACUGAAGGCCUUGCUGGAUCUGCAGACCUUGAUUCAGAGGCCAGACGUGCCGCAGGAGCAGUUAAUGCUCGUGAAAGAAAAGAUCACUGAACUGUCCGUAAACAUGCGCAGCGCUGCUACUGCCGCCUCUGCUGCUGCUGCUGCUGCUGCUACUGGCAGCGCUCCUGUCGCCGCCGCGCCUCUUCAAUAUCCCGUCCCAUACACCGCUACCCCAACACCUCCGGUCAUUCCCGGUGCUGUUCCUCCUCCUCCUCCUCCUCAAGUACCAGGGGGGCGUCCUCCUUCUGCCUCGGCCGUGGCGGGUCCGAGUGCUGGUGCCGGAGGUGCCCUCUCGAUAGACUCUUUGUUCGGGCAAGGCGCUCUCGCCGCCUUGCUGGCUGGUGCUACCCGAAAGUCUGCUACCCCUACACCAUCACAGACAGGCACGCCACAGCCUCCCAUCGCGACACCGAUACCACCACCGGCUGUACCACCGGUAGCUGGAGCUCCUACUCCGGUUCCCGCUGCUGCCGCUGGUAGUCUGGCAGCCUUGCCACCCGUCAUCGCGGCUGUUCUUCGAUCACAAACACCAACAGUGGGCCUGGCAGCACCACCACCUCUCGAGGCUCCUAAGCCCGCAGCUUCCGCUCCUCCCACCGUUCCCGCGGCCGCACCGCCAGCACCAGUGUCCAACCCAUCAGCGUUACUUGCCAUGCUUCGACAAUCCGGUCUUCUGUCCGGCACCACUCCUGCUGCUCCCGCUCCCGUAGCAACAGCACCCGCCGCCGCCCCGGCCGCCGCCUGGACCUAUACCCUCAAACAGUACCGCGGCCCACAACUCAUCAACCGACUCCACGAAGACCUCGGCCCCCCCUGCACACAGUGCGGCCGGCGGUUCGGCACCGACGAGGAAGGCCGGCGCAAGAAGACAGCGCACAUGGACUGGCACUUCCGCGUGCACCAGCGGGUGACGGACGCGGAGCGACGCGGACAGCACCGGUCCUGGUGGGUGGAGCAGUCAGAUUGGGUGAACUCAUUGGAAGCGAUUGAUUCUGAUCACGGUCACCGUUCUGAUACUACUGCUGGUGGUGGUGCCGGUGGUCAUGGUGGUCGUGGUGGAGGUGUGCCGGGUCAGGAUACACUCAACUAUGAUGAUAAUGUGGAUGAGGAUGAGGAUGAUUAUGACCCCGAGGCGAGCUUCAAUAAUUCUUAUAACCCCAACUCUCUGUACCCAGGUGGUGGCAUCAUGGGUGCUGAUCAUUCGGGAGGUCAUGGUGGCGGGAAAGCCAUGCCCGGUCACGGCGGUGGUAGAAAGGGAGGCAAAAGGGGCGGUCUCGACUACAUCCCCGUUCCCGAGGAUUCCGCCAAAGUCAAUAACAUGUGCCCCAUCUGCCAGGAAAGAUUCGAGAUGAAGUGGCUUGAUGAGGCGCAGGAGUGGGUGUGGAUGGACGCCACGAAAGUAGGCGAGAGGGUAUAUCAUGCCAGUUGCCAUAAGGAGGUAAAUGGCAGUGUUGGUGGCGGUGUUGGGCCUGGAGAUGGUGGUGACAAUGGAUUAAUGAGCAUGGGCGGGGAGAAUGGAUUUGGGGGGAGGAAGAGGAAGGCUGAGGAUGAUGCUUAUUCAGGGGUCAAGGGAAGGAUAAAGUUGGAAUAUUGAGAGUGCUGCGAGGCGCGAGCCAGUCAGUAAGUGGGAAGGUAAGGCCAAACACGGCUAUCAAGGGGAAAAGGAGGCGUAAAGGGAUCAAGGGUGGUGGUUGAUCGAGUACUGUUGAGCAUAUGGUCAGCACAAAGCUUGGGUACCCGAAAGAUCAUCCGAAUACAAAAGCGAAUCUUCGAAGCGUUAUCGAGCUAGUGCUCUAUCGUUACUAUGCUUUUGCCAUCAGUUUGAGGUCAAACGCAAACGCCUUGCUAGUGCAUUGACUUGCCAGAGUUGUACAAACACAGCGCGAUACGUAAGCUGGAGAAGCACAAUACCGCCAUUGUUAAACACGUU